GUCAGCUUUACUUUCUACACUUUUGACUCAUUUGUCAUACGGAACGUGUACAAGUGUAAUUUUUUCUGAAAAACUUACAGAAUUUACAUUUAGCUACAGCACUAUCUAUCAGCCAUGGAAUUGGUGAAACGCGCAAUGCAAAUAUUGCAUCUACAGCCCAAGCCAGGUAUUUGCCAGGGCUAUUGGAUCUGCGAGCAAUUCGUGUUCGCCUGCGAGCAAAUAUGGAAGACUUAUGAUGAUUUGUAUGGAAAAGAACUGAGUAUACUUGUAAUGAUUGGAGUGUCUACGAUGUUGAAUGCGAUUAUGAUAUACUGGGUAUACAACAAAUGGUGUAAAAUUAAAAUGACGGAAGCACAACGAGUACAAGACCUGCAGUAUGAGCUAAGUAGAGAACUCGUGGAGACGCGUCUCCAAAUGGCAGAAGCCCUAGAUAGAAGAAUCGCACAGGGGUAUCGCAUGAGACUCCGAAGGAACCCCGAACCGGACGGCGCUGAUGAGGAUGGCGAAGAACUGGAACGAGCUGUUGAAAAAUUCUUGGAAACUUUGGAUAUAUAUACAGCGCAUGCAGAAUGGGAUUUGGAUACAGAAAAUGGAUCUGAUGAAGAAACGGAUUUAGAAAAGGAGAAAAAACCAGGACCACCGGCAGAAGAGCCGCAACGCAUUCCAAGACGUGGAGUAUCUAGGAUUCCGGUUCCCAUAAACCCAACUACUCCAAUGCCGAAACCGAGACCUUACCCAAAAAAAUAAGAAGUAUUAUUUAACAUUUUUUCACUUUCACUUACAUUUAUAUUUCUUUCAUAAACUGGUCCAUUUGGAAAGUUUUUUUGAUACUUCUUCAAAAUUCCUUGUCCAUUUUCCACGCAUGAUACAAAAAAUGUAAAUUUCUGUAAAUCGAAAUUAAAAUCUGGAACCAAA